CCAGCAACGAAGUAUGAUGCCCUUUCAACAGAGCAACCACCGGUGCAGUUGUCCGUGGCGAGAUUAGAUUGAUGUUUGUGACAGUCGUUUCCUCAGAAAAGUUUAUUUGCUUCUUCUUCCGUUGGUCCUGUAAAUUUACAGAUACUAAAGCCAAUCCAUGUGCAACUUCACCUCGGCAUAAGCCAUCACCUGUUCCACCAACCUGUGCACCUCGAGCGUUUGGCGCACCUCGAAGCCAUCCCGACGGCUCGCGACAUUCACCAUGAAGAGCAUCGACCGACGACGAUGAAGCUUUUCCUUGGCCUAGUCCUCUACGCCGCCGCCAAAGUACUAGCCCAAUUCCCCACUAUUGUGCCCAACUUGACCACGAUAUCCUCGCCCGUCGAUCCAUCCAUCAAGAUCAGCUACAAAGUGCCCAAUGGCGCCUGCACCACCGCGUUCGACACGCAGGAACAGUAUACCGGCUGGGUGAAUGUGCCAGGCGACUAUCCCACCAAUCUCUUCUUCUGGUUCGUGGGCGCACGCGAGCCCUCUUCCAUCCUCACGAUAUGGCUCAACGGCGGGCCCGGGUCGAGCAGCAUGUUUGGAUUCUUCACAGAGACUGGGCCAUGCGAGGUGGUUGAUAGCGCGGCGGAGGACAAAUAUGUGACGAUUGCCAAGGAAUGGGGCUGGGAUAGGGCGUCGAACAUGUUGUUCAUCGACCAGCCGAACCAGGUGGGCUUUUCCUACGACACGCCCACCAACGGCUCGCUCGACCUCCUGACGAACAACAUCUAUAGUCCUCCUGAAAGACGCCCUAAUUCGCGGACGCCGAUGGUUUUCCUCAAUGGCACUUUCAGUUCCUUGAAUGCGAAUCACACGGCCAAUACGACCGAGACGGCAGCAGCAGCAGUAUGGCACAUGCUUCAAGGGUUCUUGGGGGCCUUUCCCCAGUUCAAUCCGCCAGACAAUGGUUCCCUGGGUGUUAAUCUAUUCUCCGAGAGCUACGGUGGGAAAUACGGCCCGGUGUUUGCCUCCAAGUGGAAGGACAUGAACGCUGCACGUGCUAAUGGCACUGUUUCAAACAGUACGACGCUCGACAUCCACUUGACAGCCCUUGGCAUUGUCAACGGCUGCGUCGACGACCUGAUCCAGGCGCCCUACUACCCCGUUAUGGCCGUGGACAAUUCUUACGGCCUCGUCACCAUCAACUCCAUUCGCGCUCAGAUGGCCAACGCAAGCUUCUACAAGGAAGGUGGUUGCCAGGACCUGAUCCGACAGUGCCGCGCCGCAGUGUCCACCAGGGACGUAGCGAACAGCGGCGCAGUUUCCAGCGUUAACGAUCUUUGCAACCGCGCAUACACAAAUUGCUUGACCAAUGUCGUGCAGCCGUACUCUGACGCCGGCCGUAGCGUGUACGACAUCGCGGCCCUGCUCCCGGACUCCUUCCCGCCGUCUCGCUACCUGUCGUACCUCAACAGCGCAUCUUUCCAAUCCGCCAUCGGUACGACGAUGAACUAUACCGAGACCAAUACGCAGGUAGUUGCCGCUUUUCUUGCCACUGGCGACUAUGAGCGCCAAGCUCUAAUCCCAGAACUCGCUUCUCUCCUGGACGCGGGCAUUCGCGUAGGUUUCAUGUACGGCGAUCGCGACUACAUCUGCAACUGGCUGGGCGGUGAAGCCGUCUCCCUGUCUGUCGCCUCGGCUGCCUCGACAUCGUCCUACUCGUCCUCCUUCCCCGACGCUGGCUACGCCCCCAUCAUUGUGAACGAGUCCUACAUUGGCGGCGUGGUCCGGCAAUUCGGCAAUCUCUCCUUCAGUCGCAUCUACCAAGCCGGGCAUUUCGUGCCCGCCUAUCAACCCGAGACCGCGUUUCAGGUCUUCGCCCGCAUCAUCAUGGGGACCUCUGUAUCGGACGGCAAACCCAUCGACCUGUCGAGCUACAACACGAGCGGCCCUGCUAAUGCCAUGAGCAAGCUCGACUUGCCGCCCAGCCCGACUCCGACGUGUUGGCUACGCAACAUUCCCGGCAGCUGCAGCGAGGAGCAGCAGAACCAGCUGCUCAGCGGUGAGGCGGCCAAGGAUUGGAGCUCCGUCAACAUCUUGAAUGGAGCUCUCGUCACGGGGACCGAGACGCUACCGAUUUCGACAGUUAUUAGCACAGCGACUGAGACGGAACCGCUUACUGGGCUGUUUACCGCAACCUCAACACCGCGCAGUGCUGCAUCGUCUCUCGGUGUUGAUGGGUCGUUGCUCAGAGUGGUGGGCUUGUUAUGGGUAUCGUCCGUCAUGCCCCUGCUAUACGUAUACUAAAGUGUAUAAUUAUUCUGAAUGAUACCCCUUACAAAUUAGUACUGCUCUCUUGGUAGUCAUGGAUGGCCAUGUUCGAAGUCUUUCAGAAGCCAGAUACAGUUGCAAGCUGCAUGUCAAGAUCCAAGUCAUGCGAAUUAUGUAUCCAAGUACUUCACAUGUAUGUGCUAAGGUGUAGUGAUGAACGA